GAAGGGCCAUCCAGACGGUUGGAUAAAUGGAUGGGCUCCAAUAAGAAAAGUGAAAAGUGAAGAAAAAAGUGCUGGAAAAAAAUGUCUGAAAAGUGAAAUUGAAAAAAAAAGAUUUAUAGAGUAAAGGAAAUCAAGUGGAUUAGUGCUGAUAUUAAAGGAUAUCCGCUUAAGAGCGUGCGCGUGUGUGUGUGUGAAAACGCUUGUUUGAGUUGCUUCGCUUCAGCCGGAAGGAUAAGCUCAUUCAUAAGCAAAACGAACGAAAAUUCAGUGAAAAUAUGGCAUUGCCACAAUGGUGGCGUAGCGGCGGCAGCAGCGUGGGUGUGGCACUUUCCUGUGCGCUACUCUUCGCUUGCUGCGGCAGCCUAGUGUUGGCCGAACUAACACCACCAUACUUCAAUUUGGCUACAGGACGUAAGGUCUAUGCAUCGGCCACAUGUGGUGUGGGUACUGAUGGACCGGAAUUGUAUUGUAAAUUGGUGGGCGCUAAUACGGAGAAUGAUCACGUCGAUUAUUCGGUUAUUCAGGGACAGGUUUGCGACUAUUGUGAUCCGAAUAUACCAGAGAAGAAUCAUGCAGCUGAAUAUGCCAUCGACGGCACGGAAGCAUGGUGGCAGAGCCCGCCAUUGUCUCGUGGCAUGAAAUACAAUGAAGUUAAUCUGACCAUCGAUUUUGGACAGUCCAUGACCACACCGGCCAAGUGA